GCAGUCGCUCAUGUUCUUCAUCAUCUGACGUGAUGGGACCAAGCCAGCCAGCUUCUACAUGUGUUCAGUUAGCAUCCAGUCUCCAACUGGAUGCAAUGAGUGACCCCAGGAAUCUUCAGCCCCAGAACCAGCUGCAAUUUAAUAGGAGUGUUCCUACAAAUCCCAGCAACUUGGCAGUCCGGUACUCUUGCCCACAUGGAAUUAAAAUUGAAAAACUGAAGCACUCAUACAAUGAAUUGUAUCGUGGUAAAGACUUGGAUUUUAGAGCUGGAAAUGAAUUAAGCAGUUCUGUUUCAUUUUCUGUCGUAUCAGAAGAGAGGCUUAGCUAUGCUGUCCACCUAGCCAAAAGAGAUGUAAAACGAAGACAGUUUGAAGAACACGUGAAAGAUCAUCUCAGAAGUCUGCCCCAUAGCUCUCACAAAUGUAUGCACACCAAGGUGGAAAGGAAGGACUCAAAGAGUCAGGAUGUCUGUCAUUGCAGCCACCAGCCAUCCAAAGUAAGCAUUUCCAGCUCAGGUGCCAAGGUGUAUGUGUACACAUCUCAUCCAGGACGAUCUGAUCUUACUGUGCCACAUUCACCACCCACCCAUGAUCCAGGACUUCAGCCACAGCCACAGCCCAGAAUAGAGGAGAACAAAAACCUGUGGGAACAGAAAGGCCUGCUAGAAGUUCAGCGGCUCCAGAAGGAAUUGAGCAGUUGUAUCCGUAAGAUAGAAGCGCUAACUAAAAAAGAUAGACUAGAAGAGGCUUUGGAUCCAGAUGAAGAACAUCGAAUCCGAGUCAGGAGACAGGAGCAAGCUGUGCGCUGUGCCCGCAUGCUCUACGGUCUUCAGCAGCAGGUAAAGGAAAUCCAGGAAGAAUUGGAUAAGUUGAGUCCACAAAAAAUUAAACAUACUAAGAAGUCGUGGGCAGUGUCUAGGCUAGCAGCCGCUCAUCGAGCAGCCAUCCGGGCCUUGCAAGUGUUUGUCACUCAGUUUACUGACCGAGGGGAGCACCCAGUUCCUGCUCGGUGUAGGGAACUGGGCAGCCUUAUUCGUCAGUUGUCACUGUGUUCUGCCAAGCUGGAUGUUGAUCCUUCUGUGCCAGACGUGGUCAUAGACAUCUUGCAGCAAAUUGAGGCUUUGGAGUCUCUCCUGGAAAAGAAAUUGUCACCUAAAAAGGCAAAGAAAUGUUUCACAGAAAUUCAGAGCAGAUUUCCUAUUGGUAGCCAAAAGAUCUUAGAAAGAUGGCCAACUGUACUGCCCAAGAAUGAGAGGAGACCCUUGGUCACAAAGGAGACAGUUCCACAGGAAACCAGUCGACCUUCUGUGGCAAAGAGACUUCUUGCAGAUGUGUGUCAGCCUGAUACGGAGCUUCAGAGGCUGGAGAGUGAACUGGAUGUGUUAGACGCAGAUAUACUUCCAGAAGACGCCCCCCGUAGAUUGGACCCUGGUACAGACCUCAAGGAUGAAACAUUAACCCCAGCAAAGCCACAAGCAGUGAGAAAGAAGACCAUGACAGGGCACAUGCCAUUUAGGAAGAAAGACACUUUGGAGUCAGCCAGACCACAGCAGGGACUCCACAUAUCUGAAAGAAAUCGACCAAACCAACCUUACAGCAAAAGCAGGUUGCAGCAGACAACAGUGUCAUCCAGAUUAAAAAUGACCCGACAGCCUGUGAAAGACCAUAGGGCUCCUUGGAUACCUCCAAACCCCACAUCCCCACCAGCCUCUCCUAAAUGUGCUGCGUGGCUGAGGGUGAAGUGCAGCCCCAGAGAUGCUGCAAAGGAGCAGUCCCUGCAGCAAGAGGAUACCCACAAGGGAAGUCAGCUGGGAGGUGCUGCCGAGCAAGAAGCAGCCAGGCUUUCUUGGCCAGAUGCUGAGUCUUCCAAAAGACUGAAGGAACUAGAAGAAUUGGAAGCCAAAGAAAUGGAAAGAAAGCAAAAGCAGAGGCUUGAUUGGCUGGAGGCUGAGACUUCUAGAAGAACCAAAGAGUUGGAUGAACUGAAAGCUGAAGAAAUGGAUAGGCUUCAAAAAUUAAGUGUCUCUGCCACCCAGUUAGCUGACAAGGUGGAGGAGGCAGUGCUGGAGCGGUUGAAGCCCCUCUUGAUCAAAGCCCAGAGAGUGAAUUCUUCGGUGGAAGCAAAUAGUCAUUUGAAGGAUCGUCCUUCAUGGAAUGCAGCAGCCGCAGCCGCAGCCGCAGCCGCAGCCGCAGCCCAGCCUGCUGAGCAGGCUUCAGAUGUCCAUUUUGAAUCUAGGAAUAUUUGUGAGCUGGAUGACUGUUUUGAAGAUACUGCUAAUGAGCUCUGGGCUGCGACUCAUGAUAAGAUCUUGGAGUCAGAAACUUCAGCCAGAUUUGGGAACAGCAAGGACAGCCCAGAUCUGGAGACCAUGAUGCUCCGGAUGGAAGAAAUGGAAAAAUACCAGGAGACAGUUCGCCAAAGAUAUAAUAAAAUUGUAUACGCUGACCCUCACUUAUGGAUGCACGAAGAGAAAAAUGACCAGAACACCCCAGCAGUAAGUGAAGGACCUUUGGCUUCUCAUCCAAUCAAGAUCAUCAAGACAGCAACUCGAAAGUGCCCUGCUGUGAACAUCUUGUUAGAAAGGCCCUGCAAUGGCAACUCACUGGAUGAAAGUAUGGGAACAGAGGAAGGAUCGGGGAAAAGAGAGUACCCCCUUCCCUUCCUCAGAGAAGAUCCGCAUCAGAAAGAAGGCCAAACUCCCCUCUCAGUCCCACCAAGGAUGCGGCACAGCAUUGGUGAUUACUGUAGCCGAUUUGAGCAAUUCCUACGGAUCAUAUCUCAUGAGGCUAUAGGCUCCUUUAACCCAUGGCUCAUAGCUGAAAGCUUUUCAGAUGAGCUGGUAGAUGAAGCACUGGGGGCCGUGGCUGCAGAACUGCAGGAUGUGUGUGAAGACUAUGCAGAAGCUGUGUUCACCUCAGAGUUCCUAGAGGCCGCUGCAUGAGAGAUGUCCAGGCAGGGCCCUCUGAUCACUGCUGGAGGGACAGCACCACCCGCUGUCAGCCCAUGGGGGAAUCUUUGUCCUCAGAUGCCCACUGAAGGGGAAUGCCAGGGAAGUCACCCUCCCCUUGUCUUAGCAAUGCUUCUAGAAGUUAUAAAAAGGUGGGUUACAUUUAUUAGUGCCUGAGGAGCAUGAGACAAUUAGAAUGGUACAUUUUCAGAAUGUAUAAUUUUCCCAUUGAAAUGAUGUGUUCAUUCCUCUGACUCAGUUGGAGAUCAAAAUGUUUUGAAAGGUAAUGGAUAAAGAUAUUUCACAUAGGGAUUCCAGUCUCUGUGAAACCCACGGGGGUGGAGGGAUCAGGGCUAACCCAAGUGCCGUUACUGUCUGGUCUCAGCACCUGGCUCCUGUUAAGUGUGUUCCUCACAUUGUCAUUGGUGGUGUCUCCCCGCCUGAGCAGCAAGCUCCGUGGAAUGCAGAUUGGUGGUGCCACCAAGCCUCUGCUCAGCAGCAGUGGAAGUGGGGAGCCCAGCACACGGGCACACGGAACAAACAGGCCCAAGCAUACCUUUCUCCGAAGCUCACUUCCUAGGGACUUUCAUGUUCUCAGUUUCUCAGAGUCAUGUAUUGCUGUUUUGAUACAUGCUAGUAUAAAAAGCGUUUUUCUGAAUGCAGAAGAAGUUUGAAGAGGCCCUCCCCAUGCCAGCUCGCUCUCCUAGAGAGCAGAAGCUUCUCUGCAUCACAGAGCAUCCCAUCUGGAGGAGGGAACCAAGACUUGAAGACUUCUGGACUCUUCAGAAGACCAAAGAUGCCCAUGUGGCCUUUUGAAGGCUCUUAGGUCCUGGUGCCAAGAUUUUCAGGAACUCUGAAUUGAGAAAAAGAAAUGUGCAUAAAAAUAAGGCAACUGCCUGAAAAACCUUUUCCUGGAUCAGAGUUUGGCUCAGUUAUUUGUGUGAGGCUUGGUGAAAGAAGUGUAAGGAACAAAGGGAGAGGACACCCAAGGACUAAUGUGAAUCUGGCUACCACAGAUACCUCAACGUGGCCUUCUGGGAUUGUUUCUAAGGUACCAGAAAUUCAGGUGAUGAUAUAAGCUUUUUGGUCACAAAAAUUGAUUCUUGUUUAAUAUUUUUCUGUUUAAUAUAUAACCUCAGAAAGGACAUCAAGGGAUGCAUGGGUCUUCAGUGUGGGGGGUUAGACAUGUAUGUGCUCUUGAACCAACAGAAGCACUUGUCGUUGGUAGUAUCAUCAUUUGUUAUGCGGUUUUUACUGUGCUGAUUUAAAAAAAAAAUAAACU